UUUGAAUGGACGAGAUCCCCUAGCUAACAUCUGUGUUUUUAGCUUGACCUAGUGCUAAGUGACUGUGGUGCCAUCCUGUUUGGUUUUUAAACGCCUUUUAUACAAAAAUUGACGAUGUCCACCUUGGAAGUUCGUGCUACGCUCAGGAACUUGGAAAAUCCAGCACCAAUGGGUAAAGCCAUUGUCGGUGGUUUGAGGAGACCUGCGCUAGGAGAAAUUUCUAAUGUUCCCAACAAAGAGGUGCAAGCCAAGAAGGCCACUGCCAAACCCACAACAAAACAUCUCAACCAUAAAGCCGAGCCAGCAGCUGUUAGACCUAAAUGUGGGCAAGUUCAUCAAGUUGCACCAGUUCCCUGUCUUCCUAUCCCUGAGGAAUCUGCUGACGUGUCUAUGAAAGAGGAAUUGUGCCAGGCUUUCUCAGAAGUUCUCCUCACUGUAGAGGACAUUGACGAGGGUGAUUCAGACAUGCCCCAGCUGUGCUCUGAAUAUGUAAAGGAUAUCUAUGGUUAUCUUCGAACCCUCGAGGUUCAGCAGUCAGUUAAACCUAAAUACAUGCAGGGCUAUGAGAUAAAUGAGCGCAUGCGGGCUCUCCUCAUCGACUGGUUGAUUCAAGUUCAUUCCAGGUUCCAGCUGCUGCAAGAGACUUUGUAUCUCACAGUUGCCAUCCUCGAUCGCUUCCUACAGAUUCAGCCAGUGUCACGCAAGAAGCUCCAGCUGGUUGGUGUGACUGCAAUGUUGGUGGCCUCCAAGUAUGAGGAGAUGUACAGCCCCGAGGUGGGAGAUUUUGCGUACAUCACGGACAACGCAUUCACCAAGGUCCAGAUUCUGGAAAUGGAGGAGAUGAUUCUGAGGUGCCUCAAAUUUGAGCUUGGGCGACCACUUCCCCUCCACUUUCUCAGGAGGGCAUCAAAGGCUGGAAAUGCUGAUGCUGAGAAGCAUACCCUGGCCAAGUACCUAAUGGAGCUAACUCUUCUGGACUAUGACAUGGUGCACUACCACCCAUCUGAGAUAGCAGCUGCUUCUCUCUGCCUUUCCCAGCUUCUGCUGGAAGGGAUGAAAUGGUCUUCAACACAGCACCACUACUCGACAUAUGACGAGGGACACCUCAAGCCAAUCAUGCAGCACAUCUCCAAGAACCUGAUGUCUGUCAAUGAAGAAAAGGUCAAACUCCAGGCUGUGAAGAACAAGUACUCCAGCAGCAGGCUCAUGAGGAUCAGUCUCAUUCCACAACUCAAGUCUUCCAUUGUCAAGAAUAUGGCUGCAGCUCUGACCAACAAUCAUUGAUGUUUUACUUUGUGAUGUGACUUCAAUUGCACUUUAAUUUUUAUUUUUUGAAUUCCAAUAACUGAAGGGAGGUCUGCCAGCCUGCUGCUUUGUGGUCUGUUUCUCAUUUGUACAAAUAAAAGUAUUUUAAUAAUUUUAAAGUUGAUGACUACUGUUAAAUCUUGUUUUUAAUCACUAUGUAUAUAAUUAAAUUGUUUGUGCUGGUACCUUAGUGUCUAACACUAGUCCAAAGAUGCCAAGUGUUGAGUUUGUAUCACACUGGCUUGAACAUGGUUUUCACAAUAUGCAAUACUUUGCUUGCAGGAAGUGGGGUGUAUUUACUUUAAAGCAUUACAAUGUAACAUGUCAUGAUGUUCAAGUGUUCCAAGGUCUAAAUAAACAUCCUGUAUUUCAGCUUCAGCUUAAUUUUUUUAUUAAAGGGGGAAGGCAUGACGGAGUUCAGGUACCAAAAUGGACAAACCUGUCAUUCAAAACACAUGGGGAGGGGGAAAAACAACCAAUAUAUGGGCCAGCCAUAUUCUUCAGAGCCACUUCCCAAUGACUAGUUGUAUGGUCAAUUGUUUACACCUUUUUUCGAAGCAGUGGUUGUUUGUGCCUGGAGAUGGUGUAUAACAAGGGAUAUAACUUGGGAAGUAGACUUCCCUAUCAAACAUUUGAAUACUCAGGAAAUUGAAUUAUGCUAGGUGAAAAUCAAAUAAAGUACAGUUUAUUAAAAUACCAUUACCAUUUUUGAUAUUGCACAAGGAUGUCUUCUUAAUUAUUCAAGACCAAACAAUCUAUGACGAUGCACUGCAAGUUCAUUAGAUCGGACCGAAGCCCCAGCAGAUCUCAACAUUAGGUUAAACAAUGUGCAUCUGAUACAAAACUCUUAGAUUAGGGGGAAGCUUAAGGAAUGUGUGAGUCAUGAAGCUGUGCUGUGCAACAUGUGGACACCAGGGAGAAAAAGCUCAUCUUUCAUAGUGCCAUGAAAAAUGUAUUGGCUUUAAAUCAGAGCUUGAGACACUCCAAUGAUUCCACUCACCAUAGUGACAAAUGACCCAUAUUCUGUACUUUAAAAAUAAAAAUAAAUUGGCAUUAAAUGUAUUGAGAACACCCAAAAUGUCAAUUCGAAAA